CUACAAACAACCAAAAACCAUACAAGACAGAAAAUUCACACACACAUUUACAAUUUACCCAUACCAUAUCAAAUCGGCCUGCCUUGCCUGUUUGUUUUGCUCUUUCAGUUUCUCAGUUAUUAUUAACACCCCCAAAUCCUCGUUAGGGUUUGUUUCUACUGUUUCGUUAUGAUCUUUCUCCUUCUUCGAUUCUCAAGAUGAAAUAUUCGACUACGGAUCUGUUCGACCCGAGAACGGAGAUGGACUCCGACUUCGCUCGUAGUUCCGAUGGGGAUUUCGGUUUCGCUUUUAACGACAGUAAUUUCUCCGACAGAGUGCUUAGGAUAGAGAUCAUGGGCGACCCACCCGAGGGUCGGACCGAUGGGGAAGGCUGCAGGAGCAUGGCUGACUGGGCCAGGCACCGCAAGAGAAGGAGGGAGGAUAUCAGGAAGGAAGAUGUUGUGGAUCUUUCUGGAGGCUUUGAGGAACAGGAUUUUAAUGGCAACCAGCCUGAUAUGGAUGACGGCGUGGGAUCUGAAAAUCAAGAUGAAGAAGCAGUGGCAAUGAUUGAAGAGGCAGGAUCAGGUGAUGAAGCUGCAGAUGGCAAUGAGUCAACUUGGUCCAUGGGGGGUUCUACAGUUGUGAGAGUUAAAACAUUACACAUUAGUUCACCUAUUUUAGCAGCAAAGAGUCCAUUUUUCUAUAAGCUUUUCUCAAAUGGGAUGAGGGAGUCUGAGCAGCGGCAUGUAACACUUCGAGUCAAUGCUUCUGAGGAAGCUGCCCUCAUGGAGCUUCUGAAUUUCAUGUACAGCAAUACUUUAUCUACUAAUAGUGCUCCAGCUUUGCUUGAUGUUCUUAUGGCUGCGGACAAGUUUGAGGUUGCUUCGUGCAUGAGGUAUUGCAGCCGACUCUUACGGGGUAUGGAAAUGACACCAGAAUCUGCUUUGGUUUAUCUAGAGCUUCCCUCUAGUGUGUUGAUGGCCGAAGCUGUUCAGCCAUUGACUGAUGCUGCAAAGCAGUUCCUUGCAGCUCGCUACAAGGAUAUGACCAAGUUCCAAGUGGAGGUGAUGGCCUUACCUCUUGCUGGAAUAGAGGCAAUAUUGGCUAGUGAUGAUCUUCAGGUUGCUUCAGAGGAUGCUGUCUAUGACUUUGUAUUGAAGUGGGCCAGGACCCAGUACCCAAGUCUGGACGACCGGCGUGAAAUCCUGGGCUCACGGCUUGCACGCUUUAUUCGCUUUCCUUUCAUGACCUGCCGAAAGCUUAAGAAGGUUUUAACCUGUAGCGACUUUGAACAUGAUGUUGCAACAAAGCUUGUGAUUGAAGCUCUUUUUUUCAAAGCUGAGGCCCCACACCGACAACGGUUACUGACAGCAGAGGAGUCGGUUACUUUGAACCGUCGUUUUGUAGAGCGGUCCUACAAGUAUCGACCUCUUAAGGUGUUGGAAUUUGAACAUCCUCGGCAGCAGUGUGUGGUUUACCUGGACUUAAAGCGGGAAGAGUGUGGAAACUUGUUUCCUUCAGGGCGCGUGUAUUCCCAGGCAUUUCACUUGGGAGGACAAGGCUUUUUCUUAUCAGCUCAUUGCAACAUGGAUCAGCAGAGCUCCUUCCAUUGUUUUGGGCUUUUUUUGGGGAUGCAGGAGAAAGGAGCUGUAAGUUUUACCGUGGACUAUGAAUUUGCAGCGAGGUCAAAGCCAAGGGAGGAGUUUGUUAGCAAAUACACAGGCAACUACACUUUCACUGGGGGUAAGGCAGUAGGCUACCGAAACUUAUUUGCCAUCCCAUGGACUUCAUUUAUGGCGGAGGACAGUCCUUAUUUCAUAAACGGAAUUCUGCAUCUUAGAGCCGAGCUCAUCAUCAGACGCUGACAUAUGAUUCUGAUAUCUAUCUACUCCUUUAGUUCUCAUAACCUUUUUUCCUUCUCUCGACCCUAGCGGAGCAAGUCUAAUAAACAUGCACCAUGCACUAGGCUGUUUGGGACAAUAAGACAUGUUCCUCUUGAUCCGAGUUGAAUUGUGCUUGGAACUGGCUGAAGAAAAAUGUAAAUGCGAUUGGAUACUAGAGUGGUAUGAGUUUCUGAAGUAUUGAUGUCUAAGAUUGACUUGAGAAGUAACUGAUUUGAUCUUUUAUAUGCCUGCUUAAAUUGCACGACUCUUUUAGUUUCAUCUAGAAUUUUAGAGAGACCUUUGGUUUAUAUAAACUCCGUAUAUUUGUCUUU